AUGUCGUCGUUAUAUGUACUGACCGACCAGUUUUGGAACCGGGAGGGCGACCCCCGGGUCCGCGACUUCAUGUUGUUUACUGGGGGCCCGACACCUAUGUUGCUCGUAAUGCUGGCCUACCUACUCAUUGUCAAACUCAUUGGUCCGGCAGUUAUGAACUACCGGCGCCCCUAUGAGUUGCGGAACGUUAUGCUUGUUUAUAAUAUACUAAUGGUUGCCGUCAACGCGUAUUUUCUCUAUGAGUUCAUGAUUGUCAUCAACUUUGGUACCCGACUACUGGAGCUGAACGCACCCGACCAUAACGACUGGUCCCCAUAUACGCUGAGUUCCAUACGUGUUGUGUAUUUGUAUUAUUUGACUAAAUUUGUCGAUCUGUUGGAUACGAUCUUUUUUGUGAUGCGAAAAAAGUAUUCACAGAUAACAGUGCUGCACCUGUACCAUCAUUUUUCAGUACCAGUGUUGGGGUGGAUAGUCAUGAAAGUGGAACCACUGGUGCCGGCGAUUCUGCUAUUCUGUAUACUGAACACGACUGUCCACGUUAUCAUGUAUUCAUACUAUGCUUUGGCGGCCUUUGGACCUAACAUACAGAAAUACUUGUGGUGGAAGAGAUACAUCACACAAAUACAGUUAAUUCAAUUUGUCAUACUACUGGUGUACUGUUCGCUGACACUGCCCUUCUACAGGGGCUACCGGCCCGUAUACCUAUGGCUGGGUGGUAGUCAACCCCCUAUAUUUCUGGUCCUAUUUCUCAACUUUUAUUUUCGCUCAUAUAAUAAGUGCCGACCCGUGAAGGCCUGCGACAAACACAUGACAGACAUAACCAAA